AGAGAGAGAGAGAGAGAGAGAGAGAGAGAGAGAGAGAGAGAGAGAGAGAGAGAGAGAGAGAGAGAGAGAGAGAGAGAGAGAGCGAGAGAGCGAGAGAGAGAGAGCGAGAGAGAGAGGGAACAUGGAAACAUAGUGAGAGAGCCAGUCACCGACGUCACUUUUGGCCUCCUCCUCGGUGUGUUUGUGGUGUGUGGCUUGGUCCUGCUGACUCUUUGUGCCUUCGCCUCCUGGAAGCUGUGCUGGGUGCCUUAUUUGCGGAAUAAAGAGGCAGCAGCCCUCUCCUCCAACUCUGCAGCCCUCACUCCAGCCUGUGGUCCCCCAGACGACAGCCCUCCCUUCCACCUCCACCUUCACCCUCCUCACCCCCUCCACCACAACCAGCACAAGUACCUCCCCAGCCCCAACCAGCAAAAGUCACCGGUUACCAUGGCAACGGAUAAGGUGAAAGACCCGAUGGGUUCCAUGGGAUUCCUAGAGGCUGCUGUGAAGAUAAGCCACACAUCGCCUGACAUCCCCGCCGAGGUGCAGCUCUCAAUGAGGGAGCACUUUUUGAGGCGCACGCAACGCAUGCAGCGGCAAGCCACUGAGCCCGCUUCUUCCACCAGACACAGCUCAUUCAAAAGGCACCUGCCCAAGCAGAUGCAGUCCAUCAGCCUGGACCUGGGCAAUGACUAUGCGGAUGAGGAUGAGCAGCCCACCAGCAUCGGACGCAUCAAACCAGAACUCUACAGACAGAAGACUUUGGAUAUAGACGAGUCCGCCAAGAACAGCAACGCCAAGAACUGUGGGAAGAUCAACUUCUCCCUGAAGUACGACUAUGACAAUGAAGCCCUCCUGGUCAACAUCCUCAAGGCCUUCGACCUGCCCGCCAAGGACCUGUGCGGCAGUUCCGACCCCUAUGUCAAAAUCUAUCUUCUCCCAGAUCGCAAGAAGUUCCAGACGCGCGUCCACCGGAAGACGCUCAACCCCACGUUCGACGAGUCCUUCCAGUUCCCCGUGCCUUAUGAUGAGCUGGCUGUUAGGAAGCUCCACAUGAGUGUGUUUGACUUUGACAGGUUCUCCAGACAUGAUAUGAUCGGGGAGGUGGUGGUGGAUAACCUUGUUGAGACGUCAGACCUCUCCAGGGAGACAGACAUUUGGAGGGACAUUCAGUAUGCCACAACUGAGAGUGUAGACUUGGGAGAGAUCAUGUUCUCACUAUGCUACCUGCCAACCGCAGGACGACUCACUCUCACCGUCAUCAAAUGCAGGAACCUCAAGGCCAUGGAUAUCACUGGAUACUCAGAUCCCUACGUCAAAGUGUCCCUCAUCUGUGACGGGAGGCGUUUGAAAAAGAAGAAGACGACCAUCAAGAAGAACACUCUGAACCCCACGUACAACGAGGCCAUCAUCUUCGACAUCCCCCCAGACAGCAUGGACCACGUCAGCCUGCACAUCUCAGUCAUGGACUAUGACUUGGUAGGUCACAAUGAGAUCAUUGGUGUGAACCGUGUGGGGUGCAGUGCUGAGGGGCUUGGCAAGGGCCACUGGAACGAGAUGCUGGCGUACCCACGCAAGCCCAUUGCACACUGGCACCCCCUACUGGAGGCCAAGAAAUCAGAGAAAGAGUGGAAAACGCGGACGGCCAGUUUAGACAGCCAGGGCUCUUGCCCCUCCCCCAGGCCUCCUUCUAGCCCCUGAGCAGAACCACCUGUGACCCUACUGAAAUGGUCUCCUCUCUCUCCUACUAAUCCUACAUCCUGUCUGGUCUGUCUACCUGUGCCUGAGGAGAAACAUAACCCCACUCAGUCUCUUUCUCAGUCUUCACUCUCCCUCAAGUGUAGCAGCAAAGUGAUCCCGUUCCCAAGAACUGAUCCUGGAUCAGUAUCGCUGUCAGUUGUUUGUGACAUAACAAUGCUUCUUUUGAUCUGGAGUCAAUCUCAGUACUUGGGGUGCUUUGGAUUAGUUUUAUCCUGAGCUUCUCAUCAAGUGAGUCCCCAAAGGGAGAGCUUGUUGUCUGAGUGGAACAACAGACUGCCGGUUCCGAGUGUAUCUAUCUAUGGGUUGAGUCCAAAUGAAUGUGAUCACAGUUCUCUCACAGGGACUUGGUCCAACACACUGAAGUUUCUGCUCAACACACACACACAGAGAGAGAGAGAGAGAGAGAGAGAGAGAGAGAGAGAGAGAGA